AUGGCGCCUCCUACUAGCGUGGGCGAGGGGAAGGAAGGACAGGUGUUCCGGCUGGUGGAGUGGGCUUGGGACAUGCACGGCCGAGGCGCCGCUCUGGACGCCGCGGACGAGCGGCUUGGUGGAGCCAUUGACCAGUGGGAGAUGGGGCGGGUGGUCGCCGUCGGGCUCUGGUGCUCGCACCCGGACCCAAAGAUGCGACCGGGGAUCCGGCAGGCCGCCGAGGCACUGCGGUCGAGGAAGUUCAGGAUACCGCUGCUGCCGCCCAAGAUGCCGGUCGCUGUGUACCUUCAGCCGUUCGGUGCCUCCACCAUGCAGUUCAGCGACACCACCACCUCUGUCGGGUCUUCUGUUACCAUGCCGUACACUUCGACGACGAGCCGUGCGACGGCCGACGGCGACGGGGACGUCUAA